AACUCGCAGCCUCCCUAAACGGCUAAACCUCGGAAGAGCCCAACCCAAACCCUAGCACUAGUAUCUUGCGAGAGGCAACCCCCCCUCACCUUCGACCCAUGGACUUCGCUCGCCGUAAGGCGACGGCGCUGGCCGCGCUCUCCUCGCCGGCGCCGGACAAGUCCCCGAAGGGCGGCGUGGACGCCCCCAUCGCCCCGCUCCUCGACGCCCUCAACUCCCACCCGGACCUCUUCACCACCUCCUCGUGCUCCGGUCGCGUCUCCGUCCUCGCGCAGCCGCAGGAGGGCCAGGGUCCCAAGCCGAAGAAGAAAGCCCGGGGCGGUGGGUGGGUGUACGUGUCGCACGACCCCGCCGACCCGGAUGCCGUGGUGGAGCUACUGUUUGGCGGGAGCGGGUCGGAAGGGGCGGGGGACGAACUUGUGUUCAGGUUCGAGCCGAUGAUCGUGGCGGUUGAGUGCAGGGAUGCUGCUUCUGCGGCGGCGCUCGUGGCCGCCGCGGUCAGCGCGGGUUUUCGGGAAUCAGGUAUCACGGGUUUACAGAAACGUGCAAUGGUAGCAAUAAGAUGCUCCAUUCGUAUGGAAGUGCCGCUGGGGCAGACUGGUGAACUUGUUGUUUCUCCUGAGUAUGUCCGAUACCUUGUUAGAAUUGCCAAUGGUAAAAUGGAGGCAAACAAAAAGCGAAUGGAUGGUUUCCGAGAUCUUUUGCAGACUAAGAUUUUUCUUUUAAAAUGUUGGUUCCUAUCGAACUGCCAGGGUUUGGCAGGUUCAUCAGGGUUGUUAAACCAUUUUAACGGAAGUGACGGUCAGUCUGUUGGUCAUGGGACUUCCUUGGGUCCUGAAGUUCAGAUGCCAUUAGAUAAAAGUGCCAAGAAAAAUGAUGAAUACUUGGUUACAAAAAGGAGAAAUGGCAGCCAUAAUUGUGAUGCUGAUGAUAAAGGUGAUAGUGAAUUUGGUGAGCAUUCAAUAGAAGCGCUAUAUUAUGAAAAUCAAGACUCUACAUGCAGCAAGGGUGUCAAGCAUGGUUUUGGUAAUGCUAAACGAUUAAUACAGGAGGAAUUGUCAGAAACUAAAAAUUGUCAUCUUUUUACUGCUGCAUUGAAUGUUAGUGGUGAAUCAAUUGAGAAGCUCUUCUUAUGGGGCCAAUCCGCUUGUGCGUUUACUGUUGGAGUAGAGCAACAGGUCCUAACUUUUGGUGGUUUUGGAGGACCAGGAAGGCAUGCAAGAAGAAAUUAUUCUCUUCUGCUUGAUCACAAAUCUGGUUUGUUGACAGAAUUGAACUUUAAAGAGUCUCCUUCACCACGGAUGGGUCAUACAGUUACUGCAGUUGGUAAUAGCAUUUACGUUAUUGGAGGUAGAGGUGGUCCUUCAGAAACCCUUGGUGAUGUCUGGGUUUUGCAAAGCACUGAGAAUACAUGGUCAAGACUGGAGUGCAGUGGAAGUUUCUUCCGUCCAAGGCACCGACAUGCUGCCGCUGCAGCAGCUUCAAAAAUAUACGUCUUUGGUGGACUCAGUAAUGAAGGUAUAUAUUUUUGUAUGAAUAUAUUGGACACAAAAAGUAUGCAAUGGAGUGUGCUUAAUGGUUCUGGUGAAUGGCCAUGUGCUCGACAUUCACAUUCUCUUGUGUCUUAUGGUUCGAAGCUAUUCAUGUAUGGAGGUCAUGAUGGUCAACGAGCACUGAAAGACUUCUAUAGUUUUGAUACAACAACACUUGCAUGGAACAAGGAAAGCACAAAUGGGGAAACUCCGUCACCUAGGUUUUCACAUUGCAUGUUCAUCUACAAUAAUUAUCUUGGGAUCCUUGGUGGUUGCCCUAUUACUGAAUACAAUCAAGAAGUUGCAUUUCUGAACUUAAAGCAUCGAGUUUGGUUUUGUGUCUCUAUUCCAUUGUUACGCCAAUGCCUCUGUGUCCGUAGCUCAUCGGUUAUCAUUGGAGAUGAUCUUGUUAUCAUAGGUGGUGGUGCAUCAUGCUAUGCAUUUGGGACCAAAUUCAAUCAACCGAUAACAAUUGAUCUGCAUUCAGUGGAGUCAAUUUUUAAACAUGAUGACAAGAAGGAUGACAUGGUUACACAAAGUUGUGAUGCAAUAUCUACUGUUGAUUUGCCAAGAGAUGAACAAAAUGGCAUCUUUGAUCAUGAUAUGAAGUCAAAAGGUGAUGCUCCUUCUGGUGACUUUACUGAUUCUGGUCCUGUGGUUCUUCAGCUGGAAAAGAAGUAUGCCAAAUUAGCAAAGGACAUUCUUAAAAAGUUUGGAUGGUUGGAUCUUUCCAGAAAAGUUCGAGUGAGCCAUGAUAACAGCCAUGUUCUUUUUCCUGUUAGCGAAGCUUUCCAUGUCCUAAAUGCUGAUGAGCAUCUCAAGAUGACACAUGAUGAUUCAUGUGCCUUUGGAGAACCAUUGGCAUUUCUUACUGAAAAGAAGCUUGUCGGAGAUAACCUAUCUCCUCAGAAGGCAUUGGAAGUUUUGUCAUCUUGCCAUGGUUCUUUUUUGAAAGAUGAACUAGCUGUCAGCCACAAACCUUUAAAGUCUCCUCAAAACAUCAUGAAAGAACUGGUGUCUUCUCUACUGGAAAGAAAAGGAAUGCCCCCUCAGUUGCUGGAGCAGCUUCCAACUAGGUGGGAGACCCUUGGCAAUAUCAUCAUACUUCCAAAGACAUGUUUUAAGGAUCCAUUGUGGGAAUCAGUUAGCAAGGAACUUUGGCCACUAGUUGCCAGGUCACUUGGUGCACAACGUCUUGCACGCCAAGGUAAAAUCAUGGCAAAUGGUACAAGAGAUAGUACACUGGAACUUCUUGUGGGCGAUAAUGGAUGGGUUACCCAUCAUGAAAAUGGCAUCUGUUAUUCGCUUGAUGCAACAAAAUGCAUGUUUUCUUCUGGUAAUCGUUCGGAGAAGCUUCGCAUGGGACAGCUUAACUGUAGAGAUGAGGUGGUGGUGGACUUGUUUGCUGGAAUUGGAUACUUUGUUCUUCCAUUUCUUGUGAAGGCUAAUGCCAAGUUAGUUUAUGCAUGUGAAUGGAAUCCACAUGCUCUGGAGGCUCUUUGCCGCAAUGUCAGUGACAACCAUGUAGAAGAUCGAUGUAUUGUACUCGAAGGAGAUAACCGUGUGACAGCACCCAAAGGUGUUGCUGAUCGAGUUUGUCUUGGAUUGUUACCCUCAAGUGAAUGUAGCUGGGCCACUGCUGUUACAGCUUUGAGGGUUGAUGGAGGCAUAUUGCAUAUACAUGGGAAUGUCAAUAACUCGGAUGAGACACGCUGGUUGGACAAUGUUGUUGAAUCUAUCAGUAAUAUUGCCAAAGCUCGUGGACUAUCUUGGAACGUCACGGUGGAGCAUGUUGAACGUGUCAAAUGGUACGGACCACAUAUUCGACACCUUGUAGUUGAUGUUAGAUGCCGACCAAUGUAACGAACCAAACGCCUUCAGAAAAUGCCUGUGUACUACCUGGGAUGCAAUGAUACAACAGUUUUUUGUUCGGAUGUGUUUUAGCCCAAGCGUUCCUUCACUCUCUUAGUCAUCAGGGAGUAUGGUUCUGUUGUAACCUUUAAAAGCAUGCUCAGGUUCUGAACUCCAAUUCAGAAUUGCAUAGCAACAGCGAAGUUGUAUUCUUGGACCGAAUGUUUUUAUGUAUCCUAUUUCUUAUAAGAUACUUUUCGUGGUCUC